AAAUGGUCACCAUGGCAACUACGCCCUACACCCUAGAAACUCACUCAAAAAUACUGUUUAAACUACGAAAAGUUAGCCCUAUCCUAACUAUAUUUUCUUUUCUUUUCUUCUUGCCUGGCUGACACUAUUGGCCUGUGGGUUUUGGAGCCACUCCCCUCACAAACCUCCGUCUGUGCCGGAGUGAUGCGGCAGCCCGGUGGGUGAAAGGCAGACUGCCAAGUAGCCUGGACUUGUCCGUGAGCUGAGGCUUGAAGAGGACGACCGUGAGGGGGAGAAGAACGACUCGGAGUCCCGGAGUGGAAAAGCGGCACAGAGAUCGUCUGUCUGGGGAUACCUUGGUGUACAUGAGGACCGAUAAGCACACAAGGGUCUCAGCAUGCACCGAAUAACGGGGAAAGGAGGGGACAGUUUAAUUGAGAUGAGCCCAGCGGAGUCUUUCAACGAUGAUCUAAACGGCUACCACCAGCAUGCCUCAUCCAGCUCAGGAUCCCUCCAGCAGGGACAAUCCGAGUUUCCUUUAACGCCUGAAGUGUGUGUAGAGACCUGUGAGUCUCUCAACACCAGCCAGACCUCCCUGGCUCCCUCUGAUCACAGUGACAGUCCACAGCGUGAAGCUCAGACUUUAGAGCAAAUCAAUUCUUUGACUGGGCUGUCGAGAAAGCGGGCACUAUUCCUGAAGUUUCGUUCCAGGAUUGACAGACAACAACAAAGUAAAGACUCUGUGUUCUUCCGUGAUGGACUGCGCAGGAUUGAUUUUGUCCUGUCCUAUGUUGACGACAAAGAUGAGAAAAAACAGGAGAGGAGGAAAGUAUACGAGGCCAAUCUCGAGAAAGUCGGCCUGCAGCUGGAGGUUGAAGAUAAAUCAGAGUCAGAAGAUGGAAAGACUUAUUUUGUGAAGAUCCACGCUCCAUGGGAAGUGUUGGCCACCUACGCAGACGUGUUGAAAAUCAAGGUCCCAUUCAAGGUCAACGACAUCCCAGACAACACCGAGAUGCCCAUGAACUGGAUGUCCACUCCUUUUCGUCUGCCGGACCACAUCAUGCACCCUGAGCCAGACUUUUUCACAGCUCCCUUCAACAAGAGCAAGUCUGACUUCUUCCUCAUCGAUGACAGAGAGACGUUCUUCCCCCCUUCUACUCGCAACAGGAUAGUCUACUACAUCCUGUCCCGCUGUUCAUACUUCAGGGAUGAAUGUGGAGACAAAGACAAGAAGGGAAUCAAGCGGUUACUCAACAACGGCACCUACACUUCAGCCUUCCCACUGCAUGAUUCUAGAUACUGGACAAGAGCGAAGGAUGCUAAUUGCGAAAGUGAGAGAUACAAUCUCUACAAACACUGGGCCAGAUUCUUCUGUUUCUUCAAGGAACAGCCCCUCAAUCUUGUAAGGAAGUAUUACGGGGAGAAGAUUGGUAUUUAUUUUGCGUGGCUGGGCUUCUACACAGAGAUGCUGUUGUUUGCUGCAAUAGUAGGGACAAUUUGUUUCGUCUACGGAGUUCUCACCUAUGAUGACAACGAGUGGAGUAAAGAAAUCUGUAGUGAGGAAAUCGGAGGCAAUAUUAUCAUGUGCCCGCUUUGUGACAAGAAAUGUGGCUACUGGAAACUGAACACAACGUGCAACUCCUCAUGGCAAUCACACCUGUUUGACAAUGUGGGAACGGUAUUUUUUGCCAUAUUUAUGGGGAUUUGGGUGACGCUGUUUCUGGAGUUCUGGAAGAGGCGGCAGGCUCGUCUCGAGUACGAGUGGGAUCUGGUUGACUUCGAGGAGGAGCAACAGCAGCUGCAGCUUCGGCCGGAGUAUGAGACCAAGUGCAGCAACCGCAAGAUGAACCGCAUCACUCAGGAAAUGGAGCCAUACUUACCCGUAACAAGCAAGUGUGCACGCACAUGUCUGUCUGGAGCCACAGUCCUGUUCUGGAUCUCAUUGAUCAUUGCCUGCAUCAUUGGGGUGAUAGCGUACCGCCUGGCGGUAUACGCAGCCUUCGCCAGCAUCAUGAAGGACAGUCCCACCGCCCAGCUGCAGGUGGUUGGCCCCCUUAUCACACCACAACUGGCCACCUCUGUCACCGCCUCCUGCAUCAACUUUGUCAUCAUCAUGAUUCUCAACCUCAUGUAUGAGAGAGUGGCUGUUUGGAUCACUGACAUGGAAAUUCCCAAGACCCACCUGGAGUAUGAAAACAAACUAACAGUGAAGAUGUUCCUCUUCCAGUUUGUCAACUACUACUCCUCCUGCUUCUAUGUGGCUUUCUUUAAGGGAAAGUUUGUUGGCUAUCCUGGAAAGUAUGCUUACAUGUUUGGAAGCGAACUGAGGAAUGAAGAGUGUGACCCUGGUGGCUGUUUGAUUGAGUUGACCACCCAGCUGGUGAUAGUGAUGACCGGUAAACAGGUGUGGGGCAACAUCCAGGAAGCUCUGGUGCCGUGGCUGAUGAACUGGUGGGGCAGCAGGAAAGCAAGAAGCCACCCAGAGAGUCUGUACAGCCGCUGGGAGCAGGACCACGACCUGCAGGGCUUUGGGCAGCUGGGCCUCUUCUAUGAGUACCUGGAAAUGGUGAUCCAGUUUGGUUUCAUCACACUGUUUGUCGCCUCCUUCCCUCUGGCUCCCCUGAUGGCCCUAAUAAACAAUAUUAUCGAGGUUAGGGUGGACGCCUGGAAGCUCACCACUCAAUUCAGACGUCCUGUGGCAGCAAAGGCCCACAGUAUUGGAGCCUGGCAAGAAAUCCUCAAUGGGAUGGCCGUACUCUCUGUUGUCACAAACGCAUUCAUUGUGGCCUUCACCUCUGAUAUGAUCCCUCGACUCGUGUACAUGUACGCCUACCAGCCAGACGGUCAGAUGAAUAUGAAGGGCUACAUAAACAACAGCCUGUCGGUGUUUAACAUCUCUGCGUUCCCACUGGACAACAAGCCUGACGACGAUGAGAACCCAUUCUGGUUCAACAGCUCCAUCCACACUACCUGCAGGUAUCGUGAUUACCGAUACCCUCCUGGCCAUGAGAUGCAGUACAAACACACUAUGCAGUUCUGGCAUAUUCUGGCUGCCAAGUUGGCUUUCAUCAUUAUCAUGGAGCAUGUUGUGUUCUUCGUGAAGUUCUUUGUGGCUUGGAUGAUUCCUGAUGUUCCUUCUGACGUGAGGGCCCGAGUAAAGAGAGAGCGCUACCUAGUCCAAGAGUAUCUCCACAACUAUGAAGUGGAGAAGCUGAAGAUCCAACUCAGCCAAAACACCCACGAUGAGUGUACCUGUGCCCCCAUGAUCUAUCCGUCUUUACCCAGACAUGAAGUGCUGUCAGAGUGUCUCUAGCCCCGCGAGCAGCUGGUCAAUCAGCUGGACAUGAUGUGGAGGAUGUGGUGAUGUAGAUUGCCCCGCUAGCGUAUUACAAUACUGACCAUCACUUUGGUGUAGUGUCUGUGUUAUUUCUGCAGUACACACACACACGCAUAACUUUUAUUAAAGAGCUAGAGGGUCCCACAAUUUGCAGCCGUCCCUCUUCUGCUUACCUGCUGAUAGAGGACGCGUACACAGAUGAAAGACCAAUUCUCCAUGCAUGCUGAAACUUGAGGCCUCUGUCUCCUGUUUAUGGCUUUUCAUUCUCUAUGUUAUAAUAAUCAUAGUGCUGAGGAAAAUCAGGAUUUGCUGUAAGGAAAGAAAGAAGGAAAUCUCAUACACUGUGUCUAAGAAAGGCAACUGACUUGUUUCAAUAUUAUUUAUUUAAGUGCCACUACAAGUAACCAAAGAUUGAAUGCCUUAAUAUAUCACAAACUUAUUAUUGGUUCUAUCUGUCAGGAGAUUAACAAUUAUUAUUGGAAACUGACAGCUUGCUUAUUAUGGGAUUUAAAGAUGUCCCUUGUUUGUAUGUACAGCUGUAUGAAGGGUUCCAGUGUCACGUAGUGACAUAUACUUGAUAUAUACUUUUUUUUGUUUUAACAGUUACUGAAAAAAAAUUGAGCAUUGUUUAUUUGACAGCGUUGAGGUCACAGCACAGAUGUAACACAAUUUUACCAAAUGAUUUUCUCCCCUUUAAUCUCGUAACAGCCCGACACUUUCUCCAGGCCAAAAUGUGACAUGUGAAGUAGCUUUUUUAUGAAGACAAAUCUGUGCUGCGGUUACUACUGUGAGUAUAGGGCAGAUUCUGUCCUCCUAUGGCCAGUUUUCCAAGCAGCAGCAGCAGCAGCUGGUGCAUGUUGACUGUUGACAGUGAGUCCUGUUCCUGGAGAUGAGAAGUGAAACGCUCUGAGAGAGUGAAGAGAUCCCUUUUUAAUGUGCCUCUGUUUACCAACAUGUCCAAGCUAAUGAAAGCCUGCCCCUACCUACUGAACUAUGUUUGCUCCAUUACACAAAGCGCAUCAGCCAUCGCCUAGUUCAUGUGCUUCUGGUUUCCUCAGCUGUGUCCGUAUAGAGAAGGAAAGAUACACAUUCUUCUUUUUUUAUUUUAACUUUGCACAAAGCACUUAAUGAAACGUGACUACCAAAACAUGAGCAUGUCAGCCUAAUUGUUGUCACGACACAACGUGUUCAUAAUCAGUGUUUUGAAGCAGCAAUGUGUGACGAUAACGAGGAGAGCAAAGUCAGUUUAAUUUAAAUAUAUGAAGGAUAUUUCAAAUUUAUUAGGCUGCCUAUAUAGAUUCUUGAAGUAUUUGAAGUUUAGGUAAUAUAGCUUGCUGUGCUACAAACUCAGGCAACUAAAUCUGUGUUCGUUUGAGACGCAUGUACAUGUGACCACUUAGCCAAGAGCAAUGUUGGACUGUUCCACUCUAGCUUUAAACUAAUGCUCGGUGACGCCUUAAUACAUCUAAUAUUUAGUUUUCUCUUGUAUUCCCUUGUUAAACUAAUAUAUUCCCCUGUAAACUCACUCUUUUUGUCUUCUUUUGUUAUGCUUUAGUAAUAGUAUUUUAUUUUAUACCGUCGCCAUGCUUGGGAAAAAAACGAUGAACCUGUUUACUGAAUGCUUUAAGUUACAAUUUCAUGUUCUCAUUCAUCUGUUUCUCUACUUUUUUUUUUGUAAUUGUCCUGUAUCCAAAUGUGUGUUGUAAACACAGAGAAAUCUCCAAAAUAAAAGUAUCAGUUCAACUUG